AUGGUGAAGGCUGCGGUGAAAAAGGAUAAAAAAAGUGCUCAGGGUUCAAGUGAAUCGUUGGUGAUUGAUGAUGAUGACGUUAUAGCAUCAAGUUCGAUAUCAAAUACAAAUACAGAUGGUGAUGAUGCAGACGUGAGUAUCGAUGGUGGUGGUGCAAUACAAGAAGAAAUUCAAGGAUCAGGUGUUUGGAAGUAUGCAACGAAAAUUAGUCCUGAAAAAGCAAGGUUACUGUCACGCAAAGGACAAUCAACAUCAAGUGUACGAAGACAUCUUCGGCUAGUACAUGAAUUAAAAGAGUUUGAAGAAAAAACAAUUAAAUCAGCAAAAAGGUAUACUAUGAUGAAUAGUUUGUCACCUGAUGAAAAACGUAAACUUAACGAACUUGCUUUAAAUGCGAUAAUUGAAGAUGGACGUUCCUUUAAUGAUUUGAACAAGCCGGGAAUCGUGAAAUUGUUCAAUGGUUUAUUAUCAGGAUUUCGUCCACCACAUCGUAAUACUAUUAAAAGAAAUCUCAAACGUUUAAAUCAAGUUCAUGUUGAAAAACUGACAAAACAAUUGAAUGAUGCAAAUUUUAUAGCCAUUACCACGGACUUUUGGUGCGACCGUUCAUCAAGAUCUUAUUUAUGUAUGACAGGACAUUGGUAUGAUAAUAAUAUGAACGUGAAGUCGAAGAUUUUGGUUUUUGCUCCUUUUCAUGAUCGUCACACAUCUGAUAAUAUAUCUUCUGAAUUAGAACAACAUUUAAAGAGAUUGAAUAUUCUUGAGAAAACAACAACAAUUACAUGCGACGGCGCAAGUAAUAUGAAAGCGUCUUUCAGAAAAAUCGAUUCAAGAAUAAAACGUUUACAAUGUUUAGCACAUAAGCUACACUUAAUUAUUUGUAAUGCAUUAGGUUUGUGGAUAAAAAAUCGAAAAAAAAAUGAUGAUACACAAUCAACUGGGAGUGAUGAUGAAUAUGUACUCGACGAAGAAUUAAGAAGUUUAUCCUUGAAUGAAUUGAAUAAUGAUGAAAAUGUGAUAAUACAAGAUCAUGAUGAUGAAAAUCCAGAGUCUUCUGAGGAAACAGAAGAUUAUUGCUAUUUAUCUAUUGAUUUAUGGGAAAAUGAUGUCAUUACUGAUUCUGAUUUUUCUAAUGAUUUACAACGAUCCAUUAGUAAUAUUAUGAAUAAAUGUCGUUCUAUUAUAAAAAUGAUCAACAAGUCAUCAAAUUUAACAUCGUACAUAGACAAAUUAAAAGUGAUACAUAAGAUUCCAAACAGUCUUUCAAUUGAUUGUAUAAGUCGAUGGAAUUCGACAAAAUUUAUGAUUGGAAAUAUGCUAAAAUUUAAGCAGUUAAUUAUUCAAUUACAUUCAGACAAACAUGAUUUACCAAUAACAAGUAAAAGAAAACAAAAGCUUACAAAUCUUGAAUUAACCAGUGAUGAGUGGCGCAUGAUUGCAUCUAUUGACAAUGUUCUUAAACCAUUCUAUGAAGCCACAACAUUAAUGAGUGGUCAGAAAUAUGCCACCAUCGGAACAGCUUUAUUUGCUAUUCGAAAAAUAAAAAGCUUUUUGGAAAAUUAUGUUGAUAAUAAUUUGUUUGCUACUCAAAUAAAAAAUGAUUUACUUGAACAAAUGGUCAAAUAUAUUGAUGAUGAUACAGAACAACUUGAAACAAUAAUUUUUUUAGCCUACUUUGAUCCAUUAGGUUUUUCAAUGCUAAACCAAAAAGAACGCACAAGCGUUGAAAGAGAUAUAAAAAAAUUGGUGAAAGAUUAUAAUGACGAUUUAAAUAAUGUUAACAUCAAUCAUGAUAAUCAACCUAAUUUAACACAAACAUCAUCUUCACCAUCUCAAAAUAAUUCAUCAAAAAGCAAAUCAAUAUUGUCUUCAUUUCUUAGUUCUGUAUCAACAGAUGCAUCAGUCAAACGUCAAGUUCACCCGAAUUCAAAUAAUAAUAAUUCAAUUGCUGAUGAGUUAUUCUUGUAUAAAUCAUUAGCAACCAAAGAAGUAAAGAAAAUCGUUGAUAAUAAUUUAAAUCCUGAUGCAUCUGAAUUUUGGAGGAUAUUUGGUAAUCAAAUGCCUCAACUAAAAAAUUUGGCAAAGCGUUUUUUAUGUACACCAGCUACAUCUGUACCAUCGGAAUCAGCUUUUUCAAUCGCUUCACA